AUGGACAUGGUAAUGAUAGUUGUGUACUACAAUGGUAUUUGGGAGGAUACAUUCAAUUAUAAAGAUUAUGAAGUGACUGGAAUAUUGAUCCCAAAUGGUAGCACAUAUGAGAUUCUAAGGAGUUCCGUUUGUGAUGCUUUGGAAUUAGGCAGUGAAAUAGAUAGAUUGGACCUACAAUUUCAAAUAAAAGAUGGAAUCCCGCCAAUGACAAUAAAGGAUGACAAGGGCUUAAAUUUCUACCUUGAGAUGAAGCGCAGUGCUUCUAACAACACAUCAUUCCCCUUGCUAGUAACGACCUACAAAAGUGCAACAGUUGAUAACUCACAAAAACUAUUGUUUGGAAGCAAUAGCAAAAAUGCUACCACCCAAGAAAAAGAGUGUGAAGAAAUCAGACAAUUACAUUCGUGGAGUGAAAUUGCAAAUAAUAUGGCAGAUUACAUGUUUGAGCAGGAGCAACCAGCUUUGACAAAUAAUAGUGAACUACACAACACAGGUUUGAUCAUAGAUCCCCAUGUUGAAAAAAUUUCAAUUAAACAAGUAUUUCGUGACAAAAGUGUGGUGGUGGAUGCAAUGAAUAUGUAUUCAAUAAAACACAACUAUCAGCACAAAGUCAAGCGUUCAUCAAAAACGGAUUAUGUCUUAGUUUGUUUGGAUGAUGAGUGUAAAUGGUACUUCCGUGCAUCAUCAUUGGGGAAAACAGAUAUGUUUAAAAUCAGAAGUUUCGAGGAGACACACACUUGUUCGUUAAGUGUUAUCUGUGGUGACCAUCGUCAAGCUACUAGUACUUUAGUGGGGAAUAUAUUAAAGAGAAAACUUAUGAACCCAAAAAAGAUUCUUACGCCAAAUGACAUUGUUGAUGACAUGAUGGAUGAUUACAGUGUAUCAAUUUCGUAUCAGAAAGCAUGGCGAGGGAAAGAAAAGGCAUUAGAACUAUCAAGAGGAAGACCAGAUGAGUCAUACAAAAUUCUACCUUCAUUCUUAUUCAUGCUACAACAAAAAAACCCAGGUACAAUUACUGACCUUGUCAUGGAUAAUGAAAAUAGAUUCAAAUAUCUAUUUUUUGCAAUUGGCAUCUCUAUUGAAAAUUGGCAGCAUUGUACACCUAUUGUUGUUGUAGAUGGGACGUUCUUAAAAUCAAUGUAUGGCGGGACUUUGUUAUCAGCGAGUUCACAAAAUGCAAAUAGAAAGAUAUUCCCCCUAGCAUUUGCAAUAGUCGAUUCCGAAAAUGAUGCCUCAUGGGAAUGGUUCAUGCGCAAAUUGAAAGAAUCUUAUGGUGAGCGUGAAGGACAAUGCAUAAUUUCUGAUAGGCAUGAGAGUAUCGAAAAAGCCGCAUUGAAAGUAUAUCCAGGAAUUAUGCAUGGUUAUUGUGGUUACCACCUACUACAGAACAUUAAGAAAAAAAUAAAAAGGGGUGGUGAAGAGCUAAAAAAAGCAUUAGAAGGGGCUAGUAAGGCUUAUAAUAUGGAUGAGUUUGAAAGAUACAUGUGUGAUCUGGACAGAGUAGAUGGAAGAAUAAGAUCAUAUCUAGUGAAUGAAGUUGGCUUUGAGAAAUGGACAAGAUUUUUUAGCCCAAACAAACGAUUUUCAACAUUAACAUCUAAUAUUGCAGAAUCAAUAAAUUCUGCACUCAACGCUGCAAGGGAAUUACCAGUAUCACUUUUGGUGGAGUCCAUUAGAUGCCUGGUUCAAAAAUGGCAUUGGGCAAACAAACACCUGGCAUCUUCAACAUUCACAAAUCUAACAUCUGAAGCAGAGGAGUCGUUGAAGUACAAUCGAGAACGGUCACGCAAAAUGAAGGUUGAAACAUCGAACCUAGUUGUCUACACAGUUUAUGAUUCCAAAAAAUCAUAUACCGUAGACUUGGGAAAUAAAACUUGUACCUGUGAUAAAUUCCAAUAUGAUGAAAUGCCAUGUUCACAUGCAAUGGCAGUCAAGAAAUCUAGAUUGUUAUGA